AUGCUGGCUUUGGUCAAGAAACAACUGAAGAAUCACCCAGCUCUCAUCCCACUGUUCUUCUUCAUCGGCGGUGGUACUGCCAUGUCCAUGAUUUACCUUGCGCGCCUGGGCUUGAGAAACCCGGACGUCUGCUGGGACCGCAAGAACAACCCUGAGCCCUGGAAUAAACUGAGCCCGACAUACCAGUACAAGUUGUUCGCUGUCAACAUGGACUACAACAAGCUGGAGAAGAACGGCCCUGACUUCUAA